AUGUCUAUUCUUAUCUUAUCAGCAAAUGAUAUCAACCAGCUCUUAUCUCAGGGUGACCCAAAGAUGGCCAAUGCCAUUGUAGAUCUCAUGGAAGCUACAUUUAGUAAGUAUACGCAAGGUCAACAGGAUGCUGCAAAGGCAUUGGAAGCACAAUCCCCACAACGUAUUGGCGUUUCAACCGAGACACACAAGGUGUUGUUUAUGCCAUCUCGAUUGGACCACACCACGUCCAUCAAAAUUGUCAGUGUGCCUACAAAGGACGGUUUGAGCGGUUUACCUGCUACCAUUCUCGUGAUCGAUGAAAAGACUGGCGGUGUAGAAGCUGUCAUGAAUGCAGAUGCUUUGACUGCCGUGCGUACUGCCGCAGGAUCCGGUGUAGCUACUCGUUACUAUGCCCAUCCCGAGGCAAAGAACUUGGUCGUUUUUGGUGCUGGUGCUCAAGGCAGGUCGCAUGUGGACAUGAUGAUUGCUGUUCGACCGAGCUUGAAGCGGGUUGCUAUUUGGAACCGUGGCGAGAAGCGCCGAUUGCAAUUGAUCGAGGAUCUCAAGAAGGCGUAUCCUGAUCGUACAUUUGUCUCUGCCAACGAGCAGUUGCAGCAAGAAGUAGAGAAUGCUGAUAUUGUGUGUACAUGUACUAAUGCCACUGAACCCGUCCUGUUUGGUCAGUGGCUAAAGGCCGGCGUCCAUCUCAAUUGCGUAGGCUCUUAUCGUAUGGACAUGCAUGAAGUGGAUGCUGACACUGUCAAACGCGCAGAGCUUAUUGCUGUGGAUUCUGUUGAUGCAUGUGGCCAUGAAGCUGGUGAGUUGGUCAAGUCUUCCAAGCCUCAAGAUUGGAUUGAAAUGGGUACCAUCGACACAAGCAACACGGACAAGGACAGGGGCAAGAUUACACUGUUCAAGAGCGUUGGCAUCAGUGUGCAAGAUAGUGCAAUUUCUGGUUUGAUGGUAGCAAAGGCAAAACAAGACAACAUUGGAAACACAGUUCCAUUUUAG